GAAGGAAGAGGGCUUUCUACUUUUUCGGAUGUAUUCCAACCUGUAUUCCUAUACUGUCAGACUCUGAGUUGAACUGCGCUUUUAUUUUGGCGAAAGUUGCGUGUUUCUUAAAAGCUGUUUGUACCUGGGAACAAGCGUAUUUUGUAAAACGUCUUACGUACCUAAGCCUACCAAAUAAUCGACUUGUUCUGCCCGUUCAAUUAAAAGGAUAGAUUAUGUUUUCUCGAUCUAAAACGUCGAGAGCAACAGUCGCUCGGGGCUCUGCGGUGGAAAUGGAACUACGGAGAGGCCGUCUACGACUCAGCGUGUUUGACGAUUCGCCUGAGGACUAUGAUGUGCAGAAGCAGAUUGAGAGAGAGGUGAGAGUGAGGGAGGGAGCAUGUAAACUUCUGGCCGCAUGCUCCCAGAGAGAUCAGGCACUGCAGACUUCUAAGAGUCUCCUGACCUGUAACAGACGCAUCAUGGCCCUCAUGAGCCAGCUCCAACGCUUGAAGGAGGCCCAAGCACUUCAGAGAGCAGGACGCAGAUCAUCUGAUGGUGGGAGCCUGGAUGAGACGCUGCCUUGUACAGGAAAGGUUGCCAUAUCGGGUAUCCGCAUCCCUCUCAUGUGGAAAGACUCUGAGUACUUUAAAAACAAAGGGGAGCUGCACAGAUGUGCUGUUUUCUGUUUGCUUCAUUUGGGUAGAGAAAUACGUGAUACAGAUCUAGUGAUGGUUGACCGCACCCUGACUGACAUCUGCUUUGAUGACAUCAUCAUUUUUAACGAGGCAGCUCCAGACUUUGAGUUGCGGUUUGAGUUAUACAGUUGUGGUGUGCAUGAAGAGAGCAGUUUGGGAUAUUCCCCCCGCAGGCUGAGCAGGCUCAGUGGCUCUGUAGGUGGAUCUUCUGGGAAGAAAGUCCGGGUAUCCCUGGAUUCAACCCCAGGAUGUGGAUCACCGAGCAAUGGGAUUGGUACAGCAGGGGUAGAGAGGGGAGGAGGUUCACCGGUUUUACCGCCUGCUCUCAGUGUUCAAGGACCCAAAUAUCACCUCCUAGCGCACUCUAGUCUGAACCUGUCCCAUGUUCAGAGUUCCUUCAGAACACAUGACCUCACUGUAUCUGCCACAGAGGACUGCCCAUACUGGCUGCCGUUGUAUGGUAGCAUGUGUUGUCAUCUGGUGGCUCAACCCGUCUGUAUGACUCAGCAGGCGAUGAGUGGGAGACUGAGGAUCCAGGUGAGAGAUGAUGCCCAGAGUUGGAGGGAUGUCUAUGGUGUCCUGAGAGGGACAAACCUGAUCUGUUAUCACAAGCAAGAACAUGCAGAGGCUUUGAAAGAGCCAGCAUUUACAAUUGCUGUGAACAAGGACACCCGUAUCCGAGCAACUGAGAGAAACCCUGUUCUUCACACACAGAGUAUUUCCAUCACCAACCAAUCAGGAGAGGAAGAGGUUUCACACACAUUAGUCACACUCACCUCGGAUGACACACGUUGCUGGAUGGAGGCAUUUUGGCAGCACUUUUACGACAUGAGCCAGUGGAAACAGUGCUGUGAUGAGCUCAUGAAGAUUGACAUGCCAUCUCCACGGAAACCCCUGCCAGUGUCACUUAAGCAGGGGUCCCUGUACCAUGAGAUGGUCACCCCUUCCACUUCAUUGUCAGGAGACAGCCUGCUAAACAGCACUUCCAUCUCAGCUGAGGUUCCAUCAAUGCUGUCCUCCUAUUUCAAUGAAAGUUACUGAAAGCAUUUGUGAUGCGCUGAGAUGCGGAUGGAGAAUAUGAGGUGUCCUCAUGAGAUGCUUACAACCCCUGAACCAGUGCCAAUUCCACUCCAGUAAACCCCCAACUUUGUCAUGUCACAGCCACCUGCAUAACACAAUGUAAUCUCUGCAUAUCCAUGAAACCACAGAAGAAACAUAGUUUUGUACAGCACAGGCCAGCCAUAGUACAGCCACAAUUUUACUACAGCACAAGCCAGCCACAGUAUGGCCACAAUUUAGUACAGCAUAAACCAUCCAUAGCAAAGUCACAACUUAGCACAGCACACACCAGUCACAGCACAGCUGGGUCCAGUGUCUCUCUUCUUUUUAGUGACGUUCGAAAUUAUGUGUUGUAUUGUCAGUAAUGCAGUACUUUAAGUAUGUAUUGUAUGUGCUCUUGAAUGUGUCUGUCCGUUCAAAUGUAAAACUCAGGCAUCUCGGAUUUUUCUUUUUCUUGUUAACUUUCUUAAGUUGUACAUUGAAGUCUCACAGCUUUGGUUACCAAUUCACACUGAUGCAUAUUUUCUUUUUCUUUUUUUUGCCAACUCCGGUGAGCUCCUGUAAUCUUAAUACCUGUCAUAUUUCAGAAAUUCUUUGCUUUGAAGAAAUUAGCUGUGUAAACUGGUAAUUUUGUGCUUUCAGAGGGCUCCAGGCAAAUUGAAUCAUAACUUAAACGUUUUACACAUGCAGAUGUAACUGACGCGUUCACAUGCACCGCCCUAAUACGACGGAAUAACGUGAGUGCAUUUUCAGGCUCCAUUCCAGACAUGUGUUGCCUGGAUACCAUGUGCUGUUAAAGUGUGAGAAGUGUGUUGAACUCAAUCCUCCCUUUGCUAAAGGCAAAAUUACUUGUUAGUGUAAUGAAAAUAGGUCUUGUUAAUGUACAAUGCCCGUUCAUUUAUUAGUAGUAUCUACUGAACACUUUGCCAAUAAAUCCUCAACAUCCUGUGAUUAUAAGUAUAUCUGCAUGCCUGCUCUUGAUCCCUCUACAGUGUGUCAAAAAUGUGUUUUAAAGACUGUUUUAGAUUUCGACAGAAAUUGUUGUUUUGGCUCAUUUUUAUGAGAACAUUAGUUUGUUUUAACUGUUCUUCAGUUUCCUUCUAUGCAUUCAUGACAGUAGCCUAUACACUGUUGAUGUUUGCCAGUGCACAAUGGAUUUUGUAGAUCAGCAUACCUGUACUAUUCACCUCUGUCUGUAGUGUUUACCGUAGUUAACGUAGGCAAGUGUGCAAGUUCUCCUGGAAUCAGAAUGCAAUGGAAUGUUAACUGUCCCAUUUUCAAUUC